UCCAACAGAAAAGUUCUGUUCAAUAGAAUCUCUUCUUAAAAGCCAGCUGAAAUUCAAACACACCACUGAACCUUACUGGAUGGAGCAGAUAUCAAAGCGAGAGAACGUUGAGAUGUUCUCCACAAUCCAACUAAGCGAUCUUGAAAAUAAUUCCAUUUUGGCAGCACCUUCAACUUCCACUACUUUGCACAGUAAGCCGCCUAGGCCAGGAUCCCCAAUAAACACCUCACAUGCCAAACAACACAGCCAAGAUGGCUGUCCGAGUGAAGCCACCUCAGCGGAUGCCAGUGCAUGGAGUCCUUCUGAAGGUCAAAAAGUGCCCCGACAAGAAGAGGGUGGAACAGAAGGGCCAGGAAACUCAUUUGGAAGUCCAGCAAAUCCCCCAGAUGGUCUUAGCAGAAUGCCCUUUGGAACCUUAGUUGCAUCCCCAGGAGCAAUGAACAUACACACAGGGCAUAUGGUAUAUGACAGUCCAACAUUCAACCCUUAUGGCCAAAUUCAGGCUCAUCCUGGAACAAUGAUGGCCUCUGGUGGUCAAAUCAUGCCUCAUAAAGGUCAAAUAAUGGCUCUAAACCGUCCACUGAUUGCUCCUCUUGGAACAAUGAGGGACCAUACGGGACAAAUAAUGACGCCCGAUGGUCAAAUUAUUGUUAAUCCGGGACAAAUAAGGGCUCACUCUGGGCCAACGAUAGCCCACCCUAAUACCAUAGUGGGUCCUGCCGGCUCAUAUUUAGCCACUUCCGGGGCCAUAAUGGCUCAUCAUGGGCAAAUAGUGGAUCCUCUUGGACUAGUGCAGACGUACAGUGGACCAAUACUGGCGUCAUCUGCGCCCAUGAUGAUCCACCCAGGACAGGUGAUGCCUCAUCUUGGUCAAGUCAGGGCCCCUCCUGGAUCAAUCAUAACCAACACUGGUUUACUCAUGGGUCCUGAUGGCCAAAUACUGAGUACAACGGGACAAAUAUUAAAUCAAGGUCCAAUAAUGAUUCCGCCGGGAAGAAUCCAAGCCAAAUCUGGAUUCUACUUCAUCCAAACACAGCCUCAGCAGAACUGCAUGAAUCCCCCAAAUGUGGUACUCGAUCAGGGCGACGGGGCCCAGAUGAUGCCUCUGGAGAAUGUGGUCAUGAAGCCUGCACACGCACCUGGUCAGACUGUGUGUAACGUCUCAGGAGUUCCUGACAGCAAUGGUUCUACUUCACACAUCGCAUCUGUUCAAAAGAAAAGGAAAGAGCGAGAAAAUGAACUAGACACAGAGAAGCCAAACAUCCUCCACAACAAAAAUAAGGAAGGUAAUAAGAAGAUGUACCGCAUGAAUGAUUCAGACAGCAGUAAACCACAGUCAACUCAGUCAAGCCCGGCAGUUAGUGAUGAAGAGAAUGAAGAUGACCUGGACCAGAUGGCGGAGGGGUAUGAAUCAGGUCUUGAAGUCAACAAAAGGGUUAACAAAAUAAAAAUGGAACUGAACUGUGACUCAUGUCUCAGGACAGUCUGGAUUCUUCUCCAGGAAAAGACUAACUCACUAUAUAUAUAUAUAUAUAUAUAUAUAUAUAUAUAUAUAUGUUGUCACAUUUGGCCAGUGCAGAUAUCGUGUAAACAAACACUGAGAUCAAGACUGACAACUGACGGUGGUGGAUUCUACUAUCAUUCCGUCUCUGUAUGCUGGUGUAAAUUAUUUUCUCGGACACUGAACUUUUCUCAAUCAGGUCUUAAAGUCACAUUAAAGUCCGAGCGAAUACAUUGGCUAUGUUCUUAGUGAAGUGUUUUGAAAGUGUGUGAUGAACCGUAAAUAACGUCUUCGCCUGCACUUUAAUGUGAAUAUGCGUUGCUCUUUGUGCGUUCAAUAUAAAGCUUGCUAUUAAUAGUUUUGCAAAAUAUAAUCGGCGCUGAACAGUGACGUCACUGGGAGAGCAAUGCGCUGUGACUUCUGAAUGUAUUUUUAUAUUGUUAUGUCUGUAUUUUAGCCCAGACAUCAAUGGUGAGCUUGUUUCCUGCCAGUAAAUUUAAAAGGUAAACACAUCUGUUGUCAUCGGAAAAUGGCCCUGCCUCAAGAAAAUUUCAACAGUUUCAAACAGAUUCUGCUUUAGUGGGGUUCAGUGUGCUCUUCUUUUGUGUUGCUGUUUAAUGUUUUGCUGUUAGGAAUAUGCAUGGAGAAAGCAUUAGCAGAUAGGGAAGCAUUACUAAAGUCAGAGGGCUGCAUGUGGCUCCCAGGACUUUGCCCAGGUCUGAUCGAUAUGUUGCAUCCGACAAAGAUGAUCUUCAAAUCAUAUCGUCCUUAUUUCAAAUAAUUUUGUGCAGCUGACAGUUUCUACCAGACUACACUACUCAUUUACGAGUAGUUUGAUUUUAGUGAUGUUGCAUUGCAUGCAAGCUCAUGACUUUGGUCUGACACAAUCCUCCCAAAAGUCAAC